AUGGCGAGCUGGGUCGCGUUGAACGUGGAGCCGGACGAUGGCAUUGAAGAUGAGGUUGACGAUACUAAGGAGCUUCAAAUCGAAGAAGCCUUGAAGCUAUACCAAAACGCCCUCAAACUUCAUUCACAAGGCCCGGAAUUUUACGCCCAAGCUGCUGAAGCCUACGACUCCUUACUAAAGUCGGAUAUCUUUAAAUACCCGGAAUCGAUUUCGGAUUUCAAGCGAGCAGCAGACUUGGAUACGCAAGCUGCAGCUGUCAUUGACGAAAGCCCUGAUACUAUCGCCGAGUUCAAUGUCAACGAUUCCACGUCAAGCCUCUUUCAGACCCUCUACCUGUCCUACAAAAACUACGGAAAAUACGUCCUUGACUCGCUACAUGAAUACCUUCGAACCGCCCCACAAAACUCCGAAACGGUGGAAAAUACAGCAAUAAAAACAACGGAGGCAUCGAGGAAAGCUUUGGGGUCAUUUGCAGAUGCUCUAGAGCGAGACGAUACGGAUCUCAACUUGUGGAGACAAAGCGCCAGGCUCAGCAGUGCUCUGGAGAGCUAUCGCUUAAAUCGGUUUUGCCUGGAGAGUGUACUUGCAGACGACGACAACCGCCUUGAGAUACGGUCGGAACAGCUUGGACUGGAGGAAAUAUUUUCGGAAGAGCGUCUACGUGCCACUCUUACAUCCCUCUUUGAUGGGCUGUCGGCCUCCCAAGUUCCUAUCAAGAAACCGAAGAAGGCUCUCAUCAAAUACCUCAAGCAGCAUGAAGAUCCUUAUCCUUACCUGCCAAAUCUGCCGACUGGUCUAGAUCAAUUGAGUUCAUCCAAGGGUCCUCUCGCUUUGUCCACCUCUCGACGAGAGCUCACACCACCUAAUGCAACUUGGGAGUCAGUGGGCAAAGCGAUUCUUCAGGCCAUAGAUGAUGAAGAGGAAGCCCCGGCAGGUGCUGCUCCUAGUUGGUCCUUUCAGAUUACCCUGCCGCGUAGGGAAUCUGAGAAAGCCGACUCUGCAUUGGUAAAAAUGGAGGACCCCGAAAACGACGCUGAAGAUCGGAACGAGCAAACCACAGCAGCGAACGAAGAUGUUGAAAUGGUUGAAGGAAAUGAACAAUCCGCCGAGUCUGAACAACCCGCCGAACUUGAAAAACCCACCGAACCUGACCACCCCGCCGAGGACCCUCAAGAGCAGGCAGAACUCCCGGAUGAACAGUUUUCAAUAGACCAAAGUGCAGAAAAACAGCUUAUAGAGUCUCUAGAAGGUCAAUCUGUUCACCAGACUGAGAUACAGGGCGAAGGCGAUGCGAACCGAGAGGAAUUCGAAUCCAAAUCACCAACUGGUGCACGAAAAAGAUCAUCAGCUUCGGCAGCAAACGAAGAACCAUCAGAAGGAGGCAGAAUGAAAAGUCGGCGUACGAGAGCUCGUGAAUCCAAUGCAGAUGGAUUGGUACCAUUGGACGAGGUUCCAUUCGACCAAGACAAGUUCUAUGAAGACCGUCUUGAAAUCUUUGUCAAUGCUGAUGAGUGGAUGUUUAAUACUGUUGGGUCUCUGUUCUCAAGAGCAGGCAUUGCAGCUCUUGGAACGAUUAAAGACCUCAAGGGAAAACUAGCCAAUGCCAAUGAAACAGACGACGUUCCGGAAGACGCAGAGACCAGGCUGUUCCAGGACUUGCGUGGCAUAGUGAAGCAAUGGAAUGACGAAAAGUCCCGGCUGAUGCAACAGAAAGACGAUUCCCCUUCCUUGAAGAACAUUUCUGGCUCUAGCAAGUCUGGACUGGCUGUCUUUCUCGAGCAUUCCAGAAAAACAUCUCGAAAGUCACUAAUUCAAGAGGAGCUGCCUUCAGGAGAGGAGCUUUAUGCCUUUUCAGACACCAUCAAUAGAAAUUGUCUGCAUCCACACGACACCUCUUUCGAAUGGUUGAAGUGCCUUCUCAUGCCGCGAUUUGGCGAUGAUCUCUCGGAGUUUGCACCCAUGAAGUCUGCAUACACCUCUUUCUUAUGGCCAGAAGGGUUAAAAGCCACCGUUGUGGACAUUUUGCUUCGAGAAGACGAAUUCAUCUUCACCAGGCUGUCUGAAGCUGUCGCCAAUGUUGAAAAACACAUCCUUGGGUGUCAUGCUGGAUCCCCAUUCGACUAUGAACCAAAGCACUUUUCUGAACUGGAGAUGAUCCAGUCUAUUUAUGAGCUUCACUUGGACAUAUUUGCCUCUGUUGAAAAUCUCAGUUCGGAGCCUAGCCAACAACAAAAGUUGUCCCAGCGUGAUCGAUUAGCUAGGUGGGCCAUGUUAGCCCGAACGUCCCUGGAGUACUCUGUUAACUACUGCCCGUCCGAAGAGUGUCGCCAGAACAUUGCAUUUCGUCAUUUGUGGACGUCGACUUUCCACAUUAACCUCGCCGGCGAGGCUGAUCGUGAGCAUGUGUUGUUAUGUUUGCAAGACCUCAAGCAAAUUCUCCAUUCCAUAGGCGACCCUAUCGUCAGUCUUGUGAACAAUUCAAUCAUGGUGGAGCUCUCAAUUGCCACCAUAGAUCAGGAGGCUCUCAAACUCAAGUGCAUGGAUUUUUUCGCCAAGGUGUUCAACGCAGAUGGAGAGGAUCCCGUAUCACUUAUUGAGGCCAUCGAGCCAAUUCUUGAGCCCUCGGCAGUGGAGUACUUGGAAGAUUCUGGAAAUGGCAUGUCUGGGGCUCCAUCACAUUUGAGUGAAAUGGCAUCAUUCCUUGACCGAGGAGAUGCUACAUUACGAUUGUUUCUUUGGCGAAGGCUCCAGGAGACAUACCAGGCUAUUGACUACAUUCCAAAGGUGAUCUCGUGCCAUCUGCGUAGUAUUGAGACUGUAAUGACCGAGAUUGAGGAUAUCAAGCACUUGCAAGAAUCAAGUGGACACCGCCAAGUCACUUUACUACGCUGGCUCAAAUCACUCGACGGAAUUAUGAGCAAGACCAUCCCGCUUGUAUUGCAGCAGGCUGACAAGGCCUUUGAAUGUUUGGAUAUGGAACAUCUGCAAUCUUCUAUGUCCGCUGUUGCUCGAUUGGCUCGACUUCUUCACAGUCUCAUUUUGUACGAAGACUCGAUUCGCGUGGGUCAGAUUUCUGGGCGUGAUCUUCGCGGAGGUCUGGCAAAAUCCCUAGAGAGCUUCAAGGAAAGGAUGAGGGAAACCUACGUGCGCUGCUGGAUCUUGCAGUACACCAUUUUCUUGGAAGCAAUCUCCCAGAAUAAAGAUGCUUUCCCCGAACCAUUGGAAGAUCGCAUCCACAUCCUCCGCUCUGUGCAUAAUGCCCUAGGGGUUCGGUCGAUGUGUAGAUACUCCCAGAAACGAUUCCUGAAGCUCAUCAAGUCUGAGCUGUUGGAUCUUGAAACCAAGGGGGAUUACGAAUUCGACAUCUGCCAAGUGCUUUAUGAUCUCCAUGGCAUCAAGUUCUCGCCCUUUGACGGGACUGCUGAUCACGGAUGCUCUCCUGAGAAAUUAGAUCGUCAUACUGCAACCAUGAUGAUCGAUUUCGUGAUGAGACAAGCACAGAAAAUGAACAUGAAAGACCUGUCAAAGUCUGAACUGAAGACUACGAUUGAGAAAAUGCAGCAAGCAAUUGGCCCUGCAAGACUUCCCGCCCAGUCACCGCAAAUGACAUUCAACAGACGUCUCUUCAACAUAUACAUCAAGGCCCCAAUCAACCCGUCGCAUCUUCGUCGGGCAGUUCAGGGUGUGACAGAACUUUCCAUGCUUCCGGUGCCUGGCGAAAAUGCCAAAAUCGCCGCCAAAGGCUGGUACUUCCUCCUCGGCCAUGCCACCCUCACAAAGUUCCGCGCCCAUAAACGUUUGAGUCCUGGAUCAACUUCGGAGCUGGAUGAUGCCAUCAACUUUUUCCGGCAAGAUCUAGACCAUGGAACAGGCAGAUGGGAAACCUGGUAUCGACUGGCACAAGCAUACGAUGCAAAAUUAGAGGAAGAUAUUACCUGGGCCGCGGACAAGAUUAACAACAAUCGCAGUGAAUUGGCGACAACGCAAAGAUAUGCUAUUCAUUGCUAUGCCAUGGCCGUGUCUACGGCUAUUCAAACCGCUGAGCCCACAACCGAUACUCGAGGCUUACUGUCGGAUCUAUACACCGACUUUGGAAUCCGUCUCUAUUCUUCCUCACGUGAACCUCUAUCAAUGGGUGCUUUUAGCUUAACGGACUUCUCUCGGCAUUUCAGCAGUGAAGAAAGCCAGAAAAUGUACAAGGCACAGCCUUUCAAGGAAAUAUCCAGGUAUUCAGUGUGGAAUUUUGCCAGCAAUCUCCUCAGAAGAGCAACCAUUGACAAACCGAAGCGUUGGAUGACUCAUUACUUCCUUGGCAAAUGUCUCUGGAAGAUGUUUAAUUGCGAUGACUCAUUGCGGACGACUUCAAAACGCGUUGAAGUGGAAGAUGUGCUGGACGCCUUUCGUGAUGCUAUUGCAGCUCUUCCGCAGCGCAGGGAUUCGCGAGCUGAUCCGAUAUUCGAACCCCACUUCAAGCUUUUGUCGGUCGUUCACAGACUUGUUCUUCAAGAAAAAUUGACUCUUACCGAGGGAAUCAAAGCUCUGAGUGCAACUCCUUGGGCCCGCAAGGUCGAGUCACCUGAGAAUAUGGAAGGAUGGAAGCCAUACAUCCUUGAGGUAAUCAAAAAAUUCAAGAGCGCUGACAAAUCCAACUGGCAUCAUCGAAUGAGCAGCAAGGCUGCACACAUCAUCUAUGAUGACGACAAGAACGCCACGACUGCUAUCGCCGCCAAGCAUGAGAUGUCGCAGAUCUUCACAAAAACACUGACCAUUCAAGUAUGGCGGCCAGAAUUUGAACGACCUGGUAGACACUUUGUCUACACCACGCGCUACGUUUAUUUCUUCGUCAGCUUGCUUGAUCAAUUAGAUGAUCGUGCCAGCUUAGACCAAUUGCUACGCCGAGUCAGAAAGAAACAGGGUGAUUUCAUCAAUCACACAAAGCUGUGGGAAGAUAUCUGUCUCACUUACGCAAAGAUGAUUCGGAGAGCUGCUCAAAUAAACGAGGGCCACGAAGAGAGCAUUUUCAAACCCAUCGGAUGGGAGGAAUUCUCUACCAAGACGGCACGCCUAGAGGGCUUGGCCGAACUUUCACCUGAAAGUCAGCCUCUUCUAGAGCUUAUUCGAGACGCAUUGGAGUUGAAGAAACUCAAUAACAAUUUUAUGAAGGUGACCAUGUUUGAGGAUCUUAUUGCAGAUCUAUACUCUCGCGUGUAUGAGCUCAACAUACCUCUCCUUAUUGAGCAGGUCAAUGAGGAAAACAAAGAAAAGAUGAAAGUUGAUCAUCUCCUCAUGGCAGGCGAGGGCGCUGCCGAUGCUAGCAUUCCCCCAGCUUCUCUCCCAGCUUCGGACACUCCAGCUCCUCGUGGUCGUACUAAGGGUAUUGCCCGUCGAGAUAUCCAGAAGCGGGCGGAUACAAUUGUGACAUUGAAGCUGGCUCCUCGUACGGCAGCCAGCAAGGCGGUCACUGCGGACAAUGAACAAUCAACUCCGGUCAGACGUGGCUCUAAUUCGGCAACGACAUCUGGACCAGCCGCUACUCCACAAGGCACAGGCAAGCACACGGCUCUCGCGGGAGAAGGCAAGACCGAACACCCUGGCGAUGAGACUGAAAUGAGCGAUAUGGACGAAUCAAAGCUUGAAAGCACUUCUUCACUGCGGAAGGCUAUGCUUUUUCCUAAUCUACCAAAAGGCGAAUCGGGUGAUGCCGAGACUGAAUAUGAUGCUGGCAGUGGUGAAGAAGGUGCUGAAGAAGGGGAUGACGAAGAAGACGACGGUGCCAAUGACAACGACAAUGACGGCGAAGUUGAUGGCGAUGCCGGAGCCACUGAGACUGGCGGAGAGGAAAAUCAAGAUAUUGACGACGUUGGCGAUGACGAGAUACAGGAGGAUGGCGAAGACACAAAUAUUGAAGAGAGCAAACUCUAUGAUGAAGAAGAUCAGAACGAUGACGGGGAUAAUGGGGACGACGAGACUGUCAACGCUACUGAUGGCAAAGAGUCUGGUGCCCCAACCCCCAUUGAGGAUACCGAACAGCCCGAAGCCAUGGAUACCACACCCGCUUAA